AUGUCGACAGAUCUCUUACCUCCAACCCUCCAGAAUAUAUUGGAUCAAACUUCACUGAAAUGGAUUUUUUGCGGUAAAGAAUCAACUCUUCGCAAAACCACGACCUCAUGUUCUUUGGCCAUCCAGCUCGCCAAAUGCCGUAAAUCGGUGCUACUCAUUUCUACCGACCCAGCGCACAAUUUGUCGGACGCAUUUGGGCAGAAGUUUUCUAAGGACGCGACGAAGGUUAAUGGCUUCGAUAACCUAUUUGCGAUGGAGAUCGACCCGACGAGCGCAAUUCAAGAGAUGGUUGAACAAUGUAUGUUGGCCGACUCAAACGGUAUGAUGGGAUCUAUGAUGCAGGACCUUGCCUUUGCUAUACCAGGUGUAGAUGAAGCUAUGAGCUUUGCGGAAAUUAUGAAGCAUGUACAUGUAAAAUCCAUGGAAUACUCCGUGAUCGUGUUUGACACUGCGCCCACGGGACAUACCCUUCGCUUUUUGUCUUUCCCCACAGUAUUGGAAAAGGCUCUUGGAAAAUUAAGCUCCCUUGGAUCGCGGUUCGGGCCGAUGAUAAGUCAGAUGUCGAGUAUGAUGGGAGGUGAAGCCGGUUCCCAGGAGGAUAUGUUCGCGAAACUUGAGUCCAUGCGCGGGGUCAUCACUGAAGUCAAUACCCAGUUUAAAGAUCCUGAAAAGACGACUUUCGUCUGCGUCUGCAUUUCAGAGUUCUUGUCGCUCUACGAAACCGAGCGACUGGUUCAAGAAUUGACCGCUUAUGAGAUCGACACACACAAUAUCGUCGUCAACCAGCUUCUCUUCCCAAAGAAAUCGUCCAAUUGCGAACAUUGUAGUGUUCGCCAGAAGAUGCAGCAGAAAUAUCUUGCGGAAGCUCACGAACUUUAUGAUGAAUUUUUCCACAUCAUUCAACUCCCACUUCUCACAGAAGAAGUUAGAGGCCCAGAGAAGCUCAAUGAGUUUAGUAAGAUGCUUGUUGAACCUUACGUUACACCUGAGUGA